AUGUUCGGGAUAGCCGUGCUUAUAGUAGCCUUUGUGCCUUGUCUUUGUUCAGGUGCGGAUGUGGAGUUGACAACCUCCUCCGCUUCCGUCAUAGAGGGAGAGUCACUCACCUUGACCUGUUCUGUGAGUGUGGACGGUGUUGUAGAUGCCACGUUUUUUGAGAAUGGUGGGAGAUAUCUAGGUUAUGUAAAGCUGGUUGGCGGAAGGUGUGAGGACGCUAAAAAUGACACCUGCAAACAACAGUGUUCCUGCUCAAAAGACGGCAGAAACUUUUUCUGGACGAUUUCAAACAUGGAUAGAGCAAUGGACGGGAUGGGGUUCCUAUGUGGUGUGAACACCUUAACUGAUAUAUACAGCAGUGUUCAUCGGAUCCGUGUGCUAUAUCCUCCUAAACAAAACAUCACUUUGUCGCCAUCUGGAAAGCACACCGUUACUACCGGUCAAACGGUCACACUCGAUUGUCAGGUAAAGGGUGGUAACCCUCUGGCUACACUAUCCUGGCAAUGCAAGGGGUCACUAAGGACCGGACAAAAUAAGACCUCAGCCGAUACAGCUUGGUCAAGACUGGUAUUUGAAAUAAACGAAUCAUAUCACCAACAGCAGUGUGUGUGUACUGCAAAGCACAAGGCCAUGCCUAAUUACGGAGUAUUCAGUACAAAGACAGUAUUGUUUGAUGUGAUUUAUCCACCAACAGGGAAAAUCUGGCUGUCUCAAUCUGGAAAUCAGUCCUUUGAGACUGGCACAAAUGUAACUCUUUAUUGUCAGAUAAAUGGAGGUAACCCUUCUCCCAGACUAACAUGGCUGUGCAAAGGGCGUCGACUGGCUGGAGUGAAUAUUACCACACGUGAUACAGUCGGGUCCAAACUCUCUUUUGUAGUAGAUACAAGUUAUCACCAGAAAACUUGUGUUUGUACGGCAAGACAUGAGGCAACAGGACAGGUUGGCCAAGCUUCCAUCUUGUUUGACAUCCUAUACGAACCAAUCAUUGGUAAUUUCAAAACUGUGGAAUACGUCCAAGAAGGCAAAACAUUCAGCAGAAAAUGUUCCGCUCGAGGAAACCCAAGACCAACGACAUCUUGGUUCCAGGACUCCAAACCUUUGGUGACAGGGAAUAUCAUCGAGUUCCGAAAUAUAACCAGACAAGAUGCGGGGAACUAUAGCUGUACUGCCAUUGUUACACACCCUGAAGUUUCAAAGCGAUCAAAAUUGCUCCAAAUUAUUGUUCAGUAUGGACCUGACGUCGAAGUUUCUAUAAAAAAUACUACUGAAAAUACGACCCAUUUUCGUCUGAACUGCACAGCUAAUGGCGUACCUACACUAUACACGUACAAAUGGAUACACAUGGUUGGAUCAACUGUCAUCAGAGACAAAUUUGGUGACCUGAUGAAUUUAGUGUCAGGGAGUACACUGGUCAUUCCAAAAGUAAGCUACCAAGACAUGGGGACAUAUAUAUGUGAGGUGGAGAAUGGGAUCCCGGGAAGAAAUGGUCAGAUUGCACAAAGAGGACAUGGGUUCAUGUCUGUGACAGGUAGUCCUCGAGUGAUCAAUGGACGAGAAAAAUAUGUCACAGAAAAGGACGUCUCCCUGGACAUCAAUGUAACCAUCAUCAGUUUCCCUGAGCCAGUCAACACAUCAAUCCUUCGGACAGACUCCUCUUUGCCUCUCCAGGGUGACCCAACCGUCUCCGUGUCAACCGCCCCAGUGUCAGUGUCAUUCUAUAACAAGGACGUAUAUGUUGACGGAUACAUGGCGCAGAUACACUUCAGCAAGUUUGAGGCAGAACACCAAGGACAUUACCAGUUGUGUAUCAACAAUACAUUUGAAUACACUUUCAACUUCAAAAUAAGUAUAUCAGGUAAGCCUGAUCCCCCAUCGAACCUUGUGAUCAGUCAAAUCACAGAAAACAGCGCCGUCAUAUCGUGGAUUCCCGGAGAGGAUAACGGACACAUUCAAACAUUCACAUUAACCUACAGAAAAUCAAGCGGAGAAUUACAGACCAAUUUCACCACCAGCAAAUCGUCACUCACUGUUCGAAAUCUUACCAUGUCCACACGUUAUGAGGUUUCAGUUUAUGCCAGUAAUUUAGAGGGGACUAUACAAUAUUGCAGUGCUAAAAAUGAAAUUUUGUUAGAAUUUAUUGUGAAGUGUGUGUUAAUUAACAGAACAGCAACCCAAUCAGUGACACAACAGCAACCGGCCGAAGUCGAACUGCAAACUGCAAGCCAAGGCAACGAGGACGGGGUGUCUGACGAAAGCAGAAACCCUUAUGGACAGCUUCAGGGAAGAUCAGACAGAAACACUUACGAACAGCUACAGGGGCGAUCAGACAGAAACACGUACGAACAGAUACAGGGACGAUCAGACAGAAACACGUACGAACAGUUACAGGGACGAUCAGACGGAAACACGCACGAACAGUUACAGGGACGAUCAGACAGAAACACGUACGAACAGUUACAAGGACGAUCAGACGGAAACACGUACGAACAGUUACAGGGACGAUCAGACGGAAACACGUACGAACAAGUACAGGGACGAUCAGACGAAAACACGUACGAACAGAUACAUGGACGAUCAGACGGAAACACGUACGAACAGUUACAGGGACGAUCAGACGGAAACACGUACGAACAAUUAGAAGGAAGAUCAGACGGAAAUACGUACGAACAGUUACAGGGACGAUCAGACAGAAACACGUACGAACAGUUACAGGGACGAUCAGAUAGAAACUUGAACGGAGAGCCACAAGAACGAUCAGAGACAGAUUCGAACGAAAAACCGCAUGGACAAUCAGAGACAAGCACAUACGAACCGCUGAAGGAACAACCAGAGAUACACGAGCAUAAAGACUUUUCAGCAAAACAAGACUAUGAAGACGGCGUUACACCCGAAAUCAGGUUAACCAUUUAAGCAAGCAGAUUAGGUAGAAGGGAGAACGAAUACGUCAACGUCAGAAUAAACUGAGUCGGCACCAAGUGGAUCUACAAGCAACAUAAUGUCAAAGUUUCUUCCCUAAAGCUAUUAGUUAUGUUGAAUGGUGACAAACGAUUAGGAGGGUAAUAUGUUUAUAACAUACUUGAUAUACAGAUCUCGUUUGUUCUACCAUGUGUUACAGUUUUAAUUGAUAUCGGACGACACGUGUGUAAUAACAUUUGUUUCACGUUACGACAAAUUACAACGUGACAAUAAAUGUAUAACGUGACGUAAUUGGCUAUGGUAGCAGACCACAGUAGGAUAGCCUGACCAUGGACGGUUCCUUUGUUCAGCUAAUAAUCCCUGUAUUAUGAUAUAUGAUAAAAAAACAAUAGAAAAUGUUCUUAGCCUUCACAGUUGUUUGGGAUUGCUUACUGUACACUGCUAAAUAUGUAUAUAGAUAUCAUUGAAUCAUAUAAAAAAUGAUAUCAGAGUGUGUUCAAUCACAUAUUCGUAGCAAUCAGUUAUGUGAUAAACGAAAUCUUACACCCGUGUCUAUCAAGUACGGAAUUCAUUAGACUCCUUAAAUAAAGGAUAAGAGCUUAUCAACUUAUUGAAUUAUUUCAAUGGAUUUUAUUAGGACAUAGCCAUUCAUAUAAGAUCCCCCAUAUGGUAUGCAUGUAUCGAAAACGGAUUGAGGUACAUAGUUGGCUAGAGUUGUUGGCUCUUAUAGCCAAGGAGAGAUACUUAUAGCUUCCGGAAUGCGAGGCUGAAAUAAGUAUGGUUUUUAAGUGGUUGGUUAAAUUAUUAGAUCGAAUAGCAUGAUAAUUUUCACUUGUCAUAAUGGUCAAUGUCUUCUAAGAUAAUAAAAAAUAAGUAAUGUCAUAUAAUAAUUGAUACAUACCUAAAUUAUGUACGUAAUUAAUCUUCCAUGAUUUCUAUACUACAUGUAAUAUCAGGCAUAUAAUCAAUACAUACAAUAUAAACAUAUAUGUAAUCAAAUA